AUGGUACUGAAGUGGGACGAUGCGGUGACAGCCGCCAGACACUGCCGAGGGCUACAACCGGGCAAGCAGGUGACUGUCCUGGAUGAAGUUGACUUCGCAGAGUAUUCGGCGAGAGACCAGGGCACCCCGAACCGAGUGGAGGCGCUUACAACGCGGAAGUUGUCCACAGACACAGAAUCUCUAACUUGCCUCAACGGUGCACCGCAUCCAACACGACAGUCGGACUACAAAGAGUCAGGCCGCCUGCUGAGCAUCGAUGUGCCGGCGCAGCUUUGCACGGUCCAGUUCAGAGGUGUGCGGCAGUUCGAACCGACAGCGCAGCCCGAAGCCCGAAACGACCUGGUCGUGGAGAUCGCGAAUCAAGCUCGAUUUCGUUUCAGGGUAGAGGUGCCUGUCCGGCACUUGCGGCUCAGUCAUGCGGAUGAGCUUACAGAAAGCCCGGACCACAGCGUCAGUCGGCAGAGAAAGGCCCCACCUCCAGAGGAGGAGAGCUACGCUAGCGACUGGAUGGAUUUCGCUCGCGUGAGCCCUCGGGGCCCACGGCGAAGUCGCAGCGAUUCCUCGGGUCGCCGCGGGCCGCAGGUCCCAGACGACACAAAUCUGCAGCCCGGGGUGGCGGCUCUUCGUGACAUGUUGGGUAUGGUGCGACCGGGGUACCGGCCCGCAGAUGCCGCCCAGCAGCCAACAGAAACAGGCUGGUCGAUCCUCUCAAGCACCGCGCCUUACAGCUCGCUUUCCAUGCUUGCCACACCAUGGAAGACUCGGAGAUAUGAGGACCAGCUGGACACACCAUCAACGGUUGCGACCGACUCUCCGAUCGACAUGAUCUGGUCCCCGCGGCGGCGUUGGGUCUACGAGGGUCCUGCCCAGCUUGUCACGGAGCUGCCAGGUGCCUGCAGAUCACCGCACCCCGACAGCGCUAUGACACCACCGCGCAGGACGAGAGCUUGGCUGAGCAACCCACCCUUCUCACACCGAGUCGAGCCGCAGAUGCUUCUGCCUCACACCUCGCCUCCAAGAUAUGCAGGCCUGCGCCCUCCAGGAAACCUGCUGGGCAGCAUCUCUACUUUGCCCACAGUCACCACAGUCCCUUUCUCUCCAGCACCUGGCAUUGCCUAUGGCCAGAAUCAUGGCCUGCUUUGCCCGGUGCCACCCAUGUAG